GCAUGGAUUACUUGGAUUGUUACCGACAUCUGGGGCCUGUACCAUGAAGCCGGUUUAGCAGGCUAGCCAGGCAAUGUGAUCAUCAGAUGGAGAGCUUGCAGCCCUGAAAGUCAUCUGCUGACUAAAACAAACAUUUUGUGUGGCAUAAUGUAAGUCUUCAAAUAAAAGAGGAAUCAGCUGCCAGCACACACAUCCAGUGCUAAUAAAGUCAGAGGGAGCCCGAGCCUGUAUGUACUGCUGAUGAACAUGGAGGGAAACGCUGGGAAAACCAUCCCAUCAAAGUGCUGACCUGUCGACCAGGCCUUGAAGUGAAGUUUUACUAGAGCCAUUCACUGUAACACAGCCUGUGGGCUUUAAUAUUCCUCACAGAUCUGCUCUUCUCGUGUCCUGCUUAAGAGAGCGGCGUUUCCUGUCACGUUCCGGCUGGAAAUAGCUGCUUUUCUCCAUCCGAGCUUUCAGCAAUUAUCUCAGACACCUGAAUAUGAAGCUGCGUGUGCAAUUAGCCACAGAAGAGCAUGUCACAGCAUGUUCUCUGUCCAUAUAAACAGCAGUGCAAGGUCUGUCUGAGCUCACUUGAAGAUGUGGACGGGGCUGGAUGUAGUUUGCAGAUUAUUGCCUCUGAGAUUUGAGCUUCGAUUGUUCUGUGAAUGGAGAUCCUGUUGCAUCGCUCUGAUUUCUCAUCGCAUCUACUUGUGAGAAACUGGACUCGUGUCAUCUCUGAACUGAAAAGAUGAGUGAAAGCUCUCUGAUGGAGUACGAGCUGCAGUCUCUGGCUCCCGUCUCGGGCCCCGGGGCCACUGCGGGGCUCCUGCUGGUUCCGGACACAGAGCAGAUCACUGCGCUUUGUUUCGUGGGACUCCUGUUGCUGUUUUUGGUGUUCCUGCUGGUGCGGUGUUUCCGGAUUCUCCUGGACCCCUACAGCAGCAUGCCAUCCUCAUCGUGGACUGAUCAUAAAGACGGUCUGGAGAGGGGACAGUUCGAUUACGCGCUGGUCUAGCUGCACUGUUACAAAACAAAAACAAAUACAACAAUCUCCCAAAACCUAUUUUGAUUAAAUUAUUUUAUUAUAAUAAUAACAUAUUAUAUCUUAUAAUUAUAUAAUAUAUUAUUAUUAUUAUAUAUAAUUAUGUGCAAUAUAAUAUUUUUAUUUUAUUUUAAUAUAUUUUUAAUUGUUUUCAUAACAUUUCCACCCCAAAAUAUUAACUAAUUGAAUGUAUAAAAGAAUAUUUUAUUAAUUAUUUCAUCAAAUUAAAUAUAUGUAAUACUAUUUUAAUUUAUUAUUUUUUAUUUUAAUGUUAUAUUUUUCAUUAUUUUCAUAACAUUUCUGCCCCAAAACUUUCAUUAGUGUAAUGCACAAAAUAAUGUUUUAAUGAAAUAAAUGCAUUUAAUUAAAAAAAAAAAAAAGAGAGAGAGAGAGAGAAAAGUAAUUUGCUUAGUUGUACUUAAUGGACUACUGAAAAUAGGGUUCAGUGUCUUUAUGCAAAAUCUUUUGUGUAUGUUUUCUUAAGAUUUUGAGAUGAAAAUAUAACCUUGACUUGUUUUUGAGAUUUAACCGCAAAACUACUGGUACCAGUGCAAUAUCGCUGAGAUUUAAGUCUUUAAAACAAGGUUUGCUUGGUUAUUUCAGUUCAAGUCACAUUAAUUUCAGUUUUAUAAUGUAAGUUUAUACUUCAGUCAAUUAUGUGGAUGAAUCGGGCAUCUGUAUUUAUUUCCCAUAGACUUACAAACUUCCUUAUUUUUUGUUGUGAAUUUCUAAUUGUCUUUACUGUGCAUGUGAAUUGGUUGGAUGGUAUUUAUUAAAAUUAUUAUUGAAUGUUUUGCAUUACGUUGUGUUAUGCGUUUGUCCACUUUGCAGGUUUUGUCAGAGAUAACUGGAGCAAAUGUGCCUUGAUUUAUUUUUGUAUCAGAAACUCUAAUGUCUUUCUGUAUUGAUUUUGUUGUGCUGUUUACAGUCGGUUUGGGAUUAGUAGGUGCUUUUUUCAUCUUGAAAGGGCAAAACUAUGUACAAACAGGGAUUUCUCUGGAAAUGUUUCUUACUCUGGAUUGUUUUUUAGCAAAGAAAUAUUUGCUCAAUAAAUGACUUUUU